AUGGAAACCAUAUUGAACAGCAGCUUCCCCAACUUCACGGCCGACGACGGCAACGCCACCUGGAACGCCACGUGGAACGCGACCGACGAACCGAUCGACGAGGUCUACUACAACGUGGUCCUGGUGUGCCUGACGAUCCUGCUGGUCUGCUGCCUGCUCGCCAUGUGCGUCAACUGCCUGGUCAUCGUCAGCAUCUACUGGAUCCGCGCGCCCAUGACGCCCAACCUGAAGAUCAGCCUCAGCCUGGCCGUCGCCGACGCGCUCAGCUCCAGCCUCACCGGUUUCCUGCUGCUCACCGAGCGCCUCGACGUCAGCACCGACGGCGUCUUCUUCACGCUGGCCGAACUGGUGCGGCUCAGCGGCAUCGUCAUCACCGUGCUGCACCUGCUCGCGCUCAGCUUCAACCACUACGUGGGCAUCAUGAAGCCGUUGCACUACAACGUGAUCGUCACCAAGCGCAAGGUGGCCGUCACCAUCGCCGUGCUGUGGCUGGUGCCGUCGACGCUGGUCGUCGCCCUCUCGGCCGUCGAGAAGCACGGCCGGCUGUUCGACGAGGCCAGCUCGCUGAACAUCUUCUCCAAGUUCGCGUCGAGGCUGGGCUACAGCUCGCUGUUCUUCGUGCCCAUCGUGCUGAUGGUGACGUGCUACGCGCACAUAUUGGUGGUGGUGAGGCGGCAGCAGAACAAGUGGAAGAACGUGUCGAGGACGGGCAGCUCGAAGUGCCGCGGGCGCAGCACGAGGAACAACAAUUGCAGCCAGAAGGCGAUGCGCGAACAGGCGAGGCUGCAGGGGAACAUCAAGGCGGUGUACACGACGUUGUUCAUAUUGGGUUCGUGUUUUAUCGGAUGGAUGCCGGCGCUGUUGUUGUUCGUGUUGAUUUGCAGCGAUUGUCCGAUCAGCGGCGCCAAGUUGGACGCGCUGAAUAAGGAUUAUCGAUACGAGGUGAUGUCGCUGAGGUUGGUGGAGAAUUCCUUGAUUAUCAUGAAGAUGCUGGCUAAUCCUAUUAUAUACACUAUCAGGAUCAAGGAGAUUAAGGACAGCACGAAUCGAAUGUAUCUGGCCGUUGCCGGGCUGUUCUGUCCGAACAGACGGAACAACAACGCCUACGGUUUGACGUAUCAACCGUCGCGCAAACAGAACAGCGUCAGGACGUCCCAAUAUCGCAUGAACUCGUUUCGCACGACCACCGAGACGCAGAUCAUUUGA